GGUACAGCAGACUAGCAGAGUGUAUGCUACUCGAUCCCCAUUCAUUCGCCGCCGUCUCGCCGAUGAGUAUCUCCUCCUCCCCCUCCAUCGCCUCCGCGCCGGGGUUGUGGAGCGGUGCUCUAUCCGGGAAGCUCGGCGGGUCCUACCAUUGCGUUCACCUCUCACUUCCGAACAACAAGCAGAGCAGAACGAUUCUAUGCUCCGCCGCGCCGAGGAGUGGCUCGACUGUGAUACAGAAAGGAGUUAGCGAGUCGGAAUCUGGAUGUAAUCGGAUUGAAUCUCUGAGCCAAGUUUCCGGCGUGCUUGGUUGCCAGUGGGGAGACGAAGGUAAGGGAAAGCUUGUGGAUAUUCUCGCCAAGCACUUCGAUAUCGUAGCUCGCUGUCAGGGGGGAGCUAAUGCUGGCCACACAAUUUAUAAUUCCGAGGGCAAGAAGUUUGCACUUCACCUUGUGCCCUCUGGAAUUCUUAAUGAGGAAGCUGUCUGUGUAAUUGGUAAUGGAGUUGUGGUGCAUCUGCCUGGGUUAUUUAAAGAAAUCGACGGUCUUGAAUCUAAUGGAGUCUCUUGCAAAGGGAGGAUCUUGGUAUCUGACCGCGCUCACCUAUUAUUUGAUUUUCAUCAAGUUGUGGAUGGGCUUAGGGAGGCUGAGCUAGCUAAGUCAUUCAUUGGCACUACCAAAAGAGGCAUCGGACCUUGCUAUUCGAGCAAAGUUAUUCGGAAUGGCAUAAGAAUAAGUGACUUGAGGCAUAUGGAUACUUUUCCUCAGAAGCUUGAUCUUUUAUUAUCUGAUGCUGCUUCAAGAUUCCAAGGUUUUAAUUACACCCCUGACAUGCUUAGGGAAGAAGUCGAACGUUACAAAAACUUUGCUGAGAGAUUGGAACCCUACAUUACUGAUACUGUCCACUUUAUGAACGAUGCCAUAUCGCGAAAACAAAAGAUUUUGGUCGAAGGUGGCCAGGCAACCAUGUUAGACAUUGACUUCGGUACUUAUCCAUUUGUAACUUCAUCCAGCCCAUCUGCAGGAGGAAUCUGUACAGGUUUGGGUAUUGCUCCAAGAGUUGUCGGCGACCUCAUAGGCGUGGUGAAGGCAUACACUACACGUGUUGGUUCAGGUCCUUUUCCGACUGAACUCUUGGACAAAGGAGGGGAUUUACUAAGGUUUGCUGGACAGGAGUUCGGGACAACAACGGGUCGCCCGCGUCGUUGUGGAUGGCUUGACAUAGUUGCACUGAAAUAUUGCUGUCAAAUAAAUGGGUUCUCAUCUCUGAACCUCACCAAACUUGAUGUAUUAUCAGAUCUUCCAGAAAUUCAAUUGGGCGUUUCAUACAAGAGUAUUGAUGGAACUCCAGUUCAAUCAUUCCCGGCAGACCUUCGUCUUCUGGAGCAGAUCAAGGUCGAGUAUGAAGUCAUGCCCGGGUGGCAAAGUGACAUUUCUUCGAUCAGAGACUACUCCAAGCUGCCAAAGGCAGCUCGCAAUUAUGUCGAAAGGAUAGAAGAACUUGUUGGCACACCCAUUCACUACAUCGGCAUCGGGCCGGGCCGCGACGCCCUUAUUUACAAGUAAAAGUUUUUGUUGUAUCACUCUCUAACCAUCUCUAUUCCUUCUUUUUCCCUAAACAUUUUCUCUCGUGUUGUUGGAUUAAUUACAAGUUCAUAUUGAGAAGAAAUGACACCAUAUUUGGCCCAUGCCCCAUUUUGAUGAUAACAUUUCUCUUGUAGAAUUA